AUGAGCAAGGAACGUCGUCGAUGCGCUGAUCUGCGAGAUCGUUUCUCGGCGUCGCGCCGUCACGUCGCCGAAAAAUAUUACGAUUGUCUGCAGUGCACAGAACAGUGUCGUCACGUGAUCGACAAAAAUAAUCCUCCCAAUAACAGCGGCAUCAGCUACAAUAAUAAUAAUGACAAUGGCACUGUCGCCAUCGCCCGGAUUCGCAGCAAUCAUCGUCUGCCCGUUUCGAAUCUGGCGUUGUAUCCCGAUGUACCAACGUCUCCGCCCGAUGAAAUAAGAAAGAUACGAAACACAAGAGAUAAUCUCGCCAGAGCCAAGUCUCUAACGAAACAUCAAUCCACUCAUUUAACGCCGGUCAAGAAGAGAUCGUCGUUGGCACGACCAGUUCGCGUCCAUGAUUCCUUUGUGCAACUCAGACGACCGAUGGCUGAGGAAGAUCCUUGUCACGACUCACAGCGAGACCAGCAAACGAGAUCGUGUAAGAAUCCUUGGUGGUGGCAGGAACGUUGUGAGCGUCAGGAGCCUAACGCAUCGACAAGUUAUGCCUACCAUCGGAGCGGAAAUGUCGAGGAUGGAAGCGCCGGUUGGCCUAUUCGCCUGCGACUCGAGCAGAUGUUGGAGCUGACGUUGCCGCAGACUAAACGGAAAAAGAAAAAGAAGAAAAAGAAAAAGACGACGACGGCGACCGCGACGAUGCUGCUAAUGAAACAGCAGCAGCGUGGCAGACACGGCUUCAAAGAUACCGAAAGGCUCCUCAAGGUACUCAGCAUUAACAAUGUGGACCAAGAUAAUAGGUACAACGUCAAACGAUGUUCCGUCAUGUAGAGAUUAGAGUAAAAAGGAGACAAAGCGUGUAACAGACUUCUUAGGAAACACCGUAGGACUCUGAUACGCUUGUAUCUGCAACCCCGCUUUCUGCGAAAAUCGAGGCUUUGAGUCUACUUGCGUAUUGUACUUCUGCCGUGUAAUAAUAAUUUUUGGUAAGUUUUUUCUUUUACUUUCUUUUUUUAUAAAAUGUGAAAAUGGGAAAUGUGGUAGAAGGCAUUCCUCGUGCAUUUUAAUCUUUUAUCUUUAAAAUCGUCUUUUAUAUUCAAAUUAUUUAAGUUUGUACACAUUAAAUUAUUUUUAUAAUAGCAUCGAUGCAUAUAUGAGAGAGAUAAAAGCAGAUAAAGCAUUUUUUUCUUGAUAAUGGUUUAUAAAGUUUAGGAAUUCCUCUAUUUCUUCAUUUUCAAUAAUUAUAUACAUAUAUUUUAAUAUCGUAUCACAUCGUUAAUAUCAUUAUAAAUGAUUAUUACUGACGAGAAAAAUCAUAAUUAUUACGUAAACAUUUAUUUCACGGAAUUCGAAACGCCAUUUUUGAUGACCAUCGACCUCGAUAACGCACAGAGCACUUUUUAGAAACAGAAAUCAUUUCGUUUCCGUUUAGUUCUUCCUAGUCUUAUUCUCAAUUUAGAGAUAGAGAUCAUCUUCUCCUAGUUAUGUAUCUACUAUUCUAAUAUUUCGAAACACAAUAUCCCUCUUAUUGCUUUGAUCGGAUAUUUUUACUUUUAUAAGAAAUGGUCAUUAUCACGAUUCAUUAAAAAAAAAAAGAAAAUGAUUUUAGCAAUGUUUAAUGACUGUUGUUCAUUAUAUAACUGUGUUGCAUUUCGGUGUGAAGAAUACUGCAACGUCGUUUCGUUUAAGUCGAGUGCACUUUAUGCAAAUAUAUUAUACGUAUAUAUUCGCGCGGAGCUAAUUAAUCAUUCGCAUCCGCGCAAAAAGCGAACCAAAAAAAUAUAUGUUAGAGAAAGGAGAAAGUAUAAAGAGCCAAUUUCAUUCCACUAAACUGCCUGGGAUCAUCGCGGACACUAAAUCGCGAGGUCCUUCCAAGUUUUGCGACAGCACCUUUCUCCGAAUUAUUUUUUAUAUCGAGAAAUUAAACCGACACUCCUCUAUAUUAUUCUUGUCGGACGUGAAAGUUAUUUACAACGGCUUUUGCGAAUUGUCCAUUCGCGAUCGGAGGGACAGAUGGAUGAAGGAUGUAUAUCACAUUUGUGAUAUCCGGAAGCGGUAGUUUGAAGAAAAUUUCAAAUAUAGAAUUUAUCUCUUAUUGACCUAAUUAUAUGAAGAAUUUAUUUUCUAUAAGUUUUCUAAAAAUUUCUUUCGCUAACUUAUCGUUCAUCUUAAAGUCAGUUAGUUUUUAGUUUAAUCAAUUAUAACAUCCUUUGUAAUCUAAUUGCGCGCACGUAAUUAAAUCAUCCAUUUAUGAACUAACUUUAGCUGAUAUCAUCGUAUAAUUAAAUUGAUAGCGUGUAUACGAUAGUAUGUACUGAUGCAGAUAUAUAAUACUUUACGUUUAUAAGAAUUAGUAAAAAAUUUUGUGAGAAUGUAAUAUAUCUCCUUCGUUCGCUUAGCUCUUCGAGUUGUCUCUUUAACAACAUUUAUCCAGAGAAGAGCAGCGAGUACCUACCUAUAACGGAUGUACACGCGUAAUCCAAGUGCCAUAUAUAGUGUCGCGACAGCCGAUUAAUUAAUGCCUAUAAAAAACCUAAGCAUUUGAAUGAACGUUCCAGUAUUAAAUAUAUGACGAAUAAAGAUGUGGGAUUCGACAUUUAACGAUUCGGGCAUCUCCCCCUCGUCGUAUCGUAGAUAAACCCGCAUAUAAGUAUAUAAAACGAUCCUCUAUCGGCGAAUAAACGUCACGAGAAAGAAGAAGAGAUGAUUCGUAUGAGUUCGCUGUGCGUUAAAACUGUACAAUUAAUAGCGUUAGAUCGCAAGAAAAAUUAGUACGAUGUGUUGCUAAUAUUGAUUGACUUUAUUCAUAUAAAUUUGCAAAACAACGCACUAACUUUCCGCCAACUAAUCUACGAGUUUGCGAUUAUUUUCAUUGUGUGACUUUGUCGGUCUUAACACGCGUGAACUUGCGAACCAAGAUAAUCGUAGAUCUAGAUUUAGAUUAAUCCAACAGAACUAGACGAGAGAGAGAAAGAGAAGUGAUUAAUUUUAUUAUGUAUGUUACAUUAUAAUCUUAUAUUCUCACGAGUAGUCUUAUAGUCUUAUAUUCUCCUUCUUUCGUUAAUGUAUCUCUAUCGGAUUAUUAACUUUGGUGUAGGGACAUAAAACUGUUCCAGCUAUUACUCCCAGUAUUUUGUAAGAGCAUCGACUAUUUGCGAGUUUUGAAAGAAACAGGCAUACGGAAUGAUCGAGUGAAUGUUGAUAGAAUGGGUGUUGAAUAACAUGCGACUAGUCAAUCAGAAUAUUAAUUUAUCACAUGUUAAUGAAUUACACUAUGUAUUUUUUUUUUUUUUUCCAUUUUGACUUCACCAUGCCAAUAUGAGAGAAAGUUUGAUUCGCGACCGGCGUGAGAAUGGCUGCGAAUUAUUAACUGUAUCCGGUGUGAUGUAAUCCUCAAUGUUGGAUAUGUUAACGAGUCUAGUCCAUUUACAAAAAAACCUUUGCUAUACACCCGUGCAAAUGUAUCGUUUGGCCGGAAAAAUAGACUGCACGAAAAAUAUAUUAUCUAUAUAAAUAUAUAUACAUAUAUGUAUCGUA